GUCCAGUCAGGCCUCGCUGCUCCAGGUAGUCCUCCAGUCUGCUGAAGACCAGGACUGAAUCACAGCCUUUCUGUAGCAGAAAGCAGCACAGCUGCUGUUUUUAAGACCAUAAAUCUCCCUGAUUACUGCCAGUCUGCUGCUGCAUGGUCUACAGCUGUAACGUAGGAGGUACCUGUAAUAUGUAGCAGAGCAGUGUGAGUUCAGAAAGAAAAAAAAGGGGAAUGAGAGAGCUGCAAAAGCAGAAAGUGUUGGAAAACGUAUCUGUUUCCCUUCAGGGGCGUGUUGGAGCAAAAUCAGGAGGUGCAGAGACCUGCUGAGUUCAUGUUGCAGAGGGUGGAGAAGGAGAGCUGGCAACAGGACGAAUCAGGAGGGAAGAGUGGAGGAAAAAAAUAAAACAGAAAAAAAGGAGCAGGACUCCAAAGCUGAAGAGGAGAAAGUGAGCUGUGGAGAGCCGGCGGAGCAGAGCGGCGGCAGGAGCGACGGUGGGCGGGGAGAGAGAGGAAGUGUGGUCGACAGGAGAGGAAUUUAAAGUCCCAUUGUUCUGGAAGAGCAGACGCAGAGAGAGCUGAGGAGCCGAGGAGUCGAACCGGACAACAUGGACGUGACCUCAGCCAUGGAGAAGAUGUCUGUAAAGCAAAGUGUAGGAGGUGCAGCGGUGUGUCUCGUAUGUAACGGGAGCUGCUCUGGAUUCCAGCCACAUUCUUGGAGGAAAGCCUGUGUAGCCUGCGGCUGCAGCACGAUCGACCACGCCCCUGGAAGUGACGUCGAAGAUGACCAGCGAAUGGGACGCCUGCUCGCAGACUCGCCCUGCUCCCAUUUGACAGCGAAGGUUAAAGGAGGUGGCGGCCUUCGGAUGUACAAGAGGAACCGCAUGAUCGUGACCAAUCCGGUGGUGUCGCGUAAAGACCCGACCUUCAACACCACGACAUACGAUUGGGCACCAGCCGGCCUCAACCAGACACUGGCUAUGCAGUACAUGGAGCUCCUCCCAGAGAGUCAGCGUCCUGUCUCGGGGACAGAAGGAGCGUUGGAGCGACGCAGGCAGCUCUUCAGUCAGCUCCCCAUCUAUGAUCAGGACCCCAUGAAAUGUCAGAGCCUGACCAGUGAGGAAGAGAUUUCCUCCAUGCUGCUGUUUGUGAAGCAAUAUAAACAGGAGGUGCUGGGAGUCGGAGAGGUGGCCUUACCUGGUGAUGGUGGCGCUCUGAGGGAAGCAGCCAUUCAGAGGACAGCGAAGGAGGCUAAGGACCGCAGCAACAGCAACAAGAAGGAUGCUCUGGAGCACCAGGGCCACGGCUCGACCAAUAGCACCGCUGCCUCCGCUGCUGGAUCCACUAAUGGAACAGAUGAAAGCAUUAAGACUGAAUAUCAGUGUACUGGUUGCCACGGCGAGGUCGCCAAGGAGACUCCAGCUGUUCAUGCUGAGCGUGCAGGUUACCACAGCGCCCUGUGGCAUCCCACCUGCUUCGUGUGUUCAGAGUGCGGUCAGGGAUUGGUGGACCUGGUCUACUUCUGGUCCGAUCAGAAGCUGCUCUGUGGAAGACACUACUGUCAGACGGUCUGGCCGCGAUGCUCAGGCUGUGACGAGCUGAUCUUCUGCAAGUCGUUUCACACAGCUAAAGAUGGACGGACGUGGCAUCAACAGCAUUACUGCUGCUGGAAGUGUGGCCAGAACCUGGAUACACCCUGUCAGCACUGAGACACUCACACAAUGUAGAAAUCAACACAAUGUGGUUUUAAGAAGUUUUAGCACUGCUCAACAACAGAGUUACACGGUGCUUUAGAGACAGAGAAGCUGUACUGAAUAAAAAUAAUGUGAGACAAAAAAUAUGAAUAUGUAGUCUGUUAGCUUGUUUUAUAUAAAACAAAAGAACUAAGUACCAGAUUAAUAAUACCAAAUAGGUAGAGCUUAAAAGAUUUAAAUUAUAUGUUGACGUGUAGUAUUUUAAAUACUUUAUCUUACAAAGAGAAAACGUCCAGUUGAUAUAUUGAUGUUUAAAAUACUUAAACCAUCUAGCUGACACUGAAGUACUUAAACACUUGUUCAGUUGAGCCUCCUGUUGUUUCAAGUACUUAAGUAAAUGUUUAGUUGACACAAAGUGUUUAAAGUACUUCAGAAACAUUUGUUUGAUUUAUUAGCACUUAAAGUGCCGACAGUGACCAGAUGUACUGGUUUCAGAUACAAACAGCAGCUCAAAGUACGGAGGACCAAACCUGACAGUGAACAAAUAACAUGAGAAAUAAAUAUAUUAGUGCAAAUAGAUAUAAAUGAAAAAAGACAAUUAAAUGUGAUAUUUCAACUCAUUUGAAACAGAAAAACCAGAUUAAAGAUGAAUUAUAUUUGAAUUAACUUCUAAAAUGUCAGGUUUGAAUCUGUUUGUGUU